CAGCACAACCCAAGCCCAGAAACCGCAGACCGCACCACCACCGCUCCCCAUCUCGAUCUAAAGCCGAGGGUUUUUCGUCCAGCUCCGUCGCCGCGACCCAAGCCAGAGCCAGCCCCACCCCAGCCAGCCAGCCAUGCCGAAGAACAAGGGUAAGGGAGGCAAGAACCGCAAGAGGGGCAAGAACGAGGCCGACGACGACAAGCGCGAGCUGGUGUUCAAGGAGGACGGGCAGGAGUACGCGCAGGUGACGCGGAUGCUCGGCAACGGGCGCUGCGAGGCCAUCUGCGUCGACGGCACCAAGCGCCUCUGCCACAUCCGGGGCAAGAUGCACAAGAAGGUCUGGAUCGCCGCCGGGGACAUCGUCCUCGUCGGCCUCCGCGACUACCAGGACGACAAGGCCGACGUCAUCCUCAAGUACAUGAACGACGAGGCCCGCCUGCUCAAGGCCUACGGGGAGCUCCCCGACACGCUCCGCCUCAACGAGGGCGUCGACGUCGACGGCCCCGAGGAGGGCGAGGGCGACAGCGACUACAUCCAGUUCGAGGACGAGGACAUCGACAAGAUCUAAGCUUUUUUCCCCUCCUCCUCCCUCGCUCGAUAUACUUUGUGUUCUAUUCUGUUCUAAUAGCGUCCGUGUCUGUCUGUGUCGGUCGGUCGGUGGGCUGUUGUGGAUUGAUGGAUUUGGUAACGAGAAAUCGUUGUGAUUUGAGGUGCUUAAAUAAUUGUCGGAUUAUAGUGUUCGUAUUAUUAUGCUUUGCAACAAGCCAUCUGAUGAUUAUUAUGCUGUUGA